AUGCUGUCUGCUCCGGUAAAAUCGGCCAAGCGCAUAUCGUCGCUGUUUUCCCUAGGUUCGACCAGGGAUAGUUCGGCGCCUUCCUCACCUGCAUCUCCGAGCGUCCCGAAAACCUCACCCGACCAGUUACCGCAGGAUGCACGUCCUCGCAGCGCCUCCCGAUCAGCUCGUGUAGCCUCUAAUCCUCAAAGCGAAUACGGCGAGACCCGCCCGCCUCUACCCCCCGGUCCCCACGACGGUUUCGAUUUGGACGAGCCCUUGCCGCCGCCGCCAUCCCUCCUGUCCGUCAACCAGGAUCUGGCUACUAGCACCCCGAGCUCGUCCGACAGCAGGCCUCAGAGCAGCGGUCGCGGGCGGAGUGGGAGUCGACCAUCCAGUUCUGCCGGACUAUUUGUGCCCGGCACCGGUCCGGACUCGCGCCCGACCACACCAUCCUCCAAACGGCGCAGCUGGAUGCCCGGGCGGGCUCGUGCAAGCUCAGCUGAUCCGCGCGCCAGCGCGUCGGCCAUGCCCAGUGCUUGGAUUGCCGGUCUCGAGCAGAAGAUCUUAUAUGAUCUGGAACCUCUGUCUCGAGGAGAGCAGAUCCCUGAGUUGUGGAACGAAAAUGGCGACACCUACGUGUACCUGUUUCCGCAGAAUACCGGCCGACAAGCUUCGUUCAAGGUUCACUCCACGGUCUUUGCCGAAUCUCCCUCUCUCCAUUUUCUUGCUCGCGGAAACGAGCUUCGCAGUCCCACAUCUCUCGAGCAGCAAACAGGAAACUUGUCGUUGAAUAGCCCGGUGGUCGGUCCCGCAUCGCCGCCCCUGACGCCUGACGAUCGCUUGGCCGAGAAUGACAAUGACAGCUCUGGUAGUCAACGACUGGCCUACAUGGACGAUGACAGUCCCGAGGAGUUUCAGGAGCUUCACCUCUAUCUUCCCAUCCCACUUAACAGCGACGUUUCCAAUCCUAACACACGACUCAGCGGGGAGGAUUUGGAAAAUCUUCUUCUUUUUCGUAAUCUGUUCGCGUUCCUGCUGGGACAGUCCUUAAUCGCAACGCCCCGAUCGCCAUCUCUCUUCUCCAUCUUCAUGGACGUCGCAACGCUACUCUCCCGAUUUGAGUUCACCAAUUUCGACGGCUCCAACUUUGGCGAGACCGCAACAACCAGUUUUGGCAACUACUGUGAGGAAUUGCGGCUGGCAGAUGUGCGCAAGAGCCGUGAGAAGACUAUCGAAGCCAUUGUUCUGGGCGAACGGCUGCGCUUCUACCCCCUCUAUCUCGAAGGCUUCGUGCACGGUGUGGGUAAAUUGGACGAAUUGAAGCAGCUUCGAAGCCCCAAAUACGGUCUCAUUAACCCCGUGACCCAGAAGCGGCUGGAGCGAGGAUUCAUCGACCUCGAUACCCGUCUUCGGGUACUGUACAGUAAGCUGGACGAUUUUGACUUCCCUUCCGUCUUCUCGGGUAUCGCCAACUCGGCUACAUCGGUUGAGAGUAAAGUGGUGCGAUUCAAGAACUGGAGGUUGGCGUUCCAGGAAUUCCGCCGCUUCACAAUGCACUAUUACCGCUCGAAAUACGGAUCUUGGCCGCCAAAGGCUCGCUCGAAGAAGAACCAGUUCGAAGAGAGUGGGCUCAAUCGUCAGGUUGUCAAGGAUCUUUACAAUGAUUUUGCCAAUCUCUACGAUAUGAUGGUUGAUCGGGCCGCCCUUACCACCCGCACUGUGGAUAUGGCAGCAGAAACCUCGGAGACGACAGACCCUGAUAAGUUGAUGGUACGGGCUCUUCGCCAGGUGCUGAGCGAGUAUGAUCGAAGCACACCGCCAGUGCAGCCUCCUAUUCCGUUCGAUAUUCCCAUGUUCCCUUCCUUGCAGACACUGGAGCGCAAACCAAUGGAUGCCAAGAAGGAAGCUAAAAAGCGGGCCAAAAAAUUGAAGGAUGCCGAUAUCAAUGCCGUUCUCAUGGGCUCUUAUACCCGCGAGAGUCUGCGGCCCACGCCCUUCAUCGAGGCCUUUAUGCAGUUUGAGCGCCGCUGUGCGCAUGGCAAGAACAUCAAUGAUAUGAUUGACAUGCGUUGCGGCCAGUGGAUCUUCCUGUACUGUGUCAUUCAAUCCCUUCCACUGGUGGUUGUCGACGUGCAAAAUGUCAGGUAUACGGAGGCUGUGGAGUAUUUCCUUUGCAUUGCGCCGCGCGGUGGUGCACCCUGGAUCCAGAACGACGGUAAGACGGCGCGCAGCUGGUUCGGGGUGGCCAAUGGUGCGGGUGUAGUCAGUCUACCCUCCGAUGUGGUGAUCAACGGGGUGGAAGGCAUCUACCGCCGCAGUCACUGCUGGCAGGUGGCCGAGCAAUGGGCCGAGAAGGAUGCUAUUCUCGCCCCUCCGACGAUCGAGGAUCCGUACGACAACGAAUCCUCGCUAUCGUCACCGUAUCCCGCUCAGCAAUCGUCGGCAGGCUCAUCCUCUGAACAACAACAGCUGUCCGGCGGGCAGCCAACACCGCUCAUGACCCCCGGCAGCCUUGGUCCUCCUCCACCAGCCAUUCCUCGACUCAACUCCCCAGCUUUGAGUCGGAGAGCCGAGCACCGCACUUCAAUCUACCCUGGUCUGGAGGCAUUGCCGCUCCCUGCGGGUGUGGCCCCGCUGGAUCCCCCGGCUCGUCCCGUGAGCCGAUUCAACCCCAAUAUGAGCUUCGAUGACAUUCUGAAGCAGGUGCCGAAUCAGCAUAAGAAGAAAUAA